AUGGUCAAGUUCAACAUCAUCUUCGCUCUGGCCCUCGCCACCGGCGCUCUCGCUGCCACCACCAACACCGACUGCCAGAACUCUUUCGACAAGUGCCGCAGCUCUGGUGACCCCAACGAGGCUACCUGUGCUUCUGAGCACGCUAGCUGCUGUGCCACUGCUUUCAACGACUGCCGCAGCACUGGCGACCCCAACGAAGCCGAAUGCGCUGCCCAGAACGCUGCCUGCAAGGGCCAGAAAUAG